AAAAAUGUGUGAUAAAAACAAACCAUCUGUUCAGGAUAUAGCCGAACUUUGUUUCGAAAAAUUUGAGUCCUUGCCCAAAACAGGAAAACCCACUGAAAAUCAAUGGACUAUUUUAGCGGGAAUCGUUGAGUUCAACCGGCAAACGGGAAGCAGUCAACUGGUGGCCCUUGGAUGCGGUACCAAGUGCAUAGGACAAUCCAAACUUUGUUCGCAGGGCCUCAUAGUGAACGAUUCCCAUGCCGAGGUGUUGGCGCGUCGGUCAUUCCUUCGCUUUUUGUACGAAGAACUGAAACAGGAGAGGAUCUUCCAUUGGAACAGCGAACUAAAAUCCUACGUCAUGGACGAGCACGUGGAGUUCCACUUCCUGAGUACCCAGACGCCCUGUGGAGAUGCCUGCAUCUUGGAUGAUGGAGAUCCCGAGGAACAGGCUAAACGCCAGCGAUUUGAUAAGGAAUCAGAGAUAAUUUAUACUGGCGCCAAGUUGAUAAGUGACCUAAAUUAUGAUCCUAUGCGGCAGACACCAGGAGUCCUGCGAACAAAACCAGGACGAGGAGAGCGCACCUUAUCCAUGUCCUGUAGCGAUAAGAUAGCGAGAUGGAAUGUAAUGGGUGUCCAGGGUGCUCUUCUAGAUUCCCUGAUCUCUAAACCCAUAUACUUCAACAGUUUGAACUUUUGUUGCGAUGAUGCGCAGCUGGAAUCCUUAGAAAGAGCCAUCUAUAAACGUUGGGAGGGCAGAUCCUUCAAGCAUUAUCGCUUUCAACUUCAAAAACCACAGAUACGCAUCGAUUGUGGUAUAAAAUUUGAAUUUGCACAACGCCCGGAUUGGCAGCCGUCGCCUAAUGGUUUAGUUUGGUCAAAAAUCUCAGAUGAUUUAAGACCUUAUGAAAUUUCUGUAAAUGGAAAGCGACAAGGAGUCACCAAGAAAAAACUAAACACUCACCAAGCUGCCUUAGCGAUCAGCAAAUACAACUUCUUCCUCAAUUUUCUAGACUUACUAAAAUCCAAAACUUUACUAUGCGAAAUGCUUGAUAUAAACCUUUCUGAUCUUGAUCAUAUAACAUAUUCUUCUUGUAAAGAUUUGGCCAAAGAAUAUCAGUUGGCUUGGCGACAUAUAAAAGAUCAAUACUUUCUUCAAUGGACCAAGAAGCCGAAUGAGUUGCUGAACUUUACUUCAAAUCCAAAUAAAUGACCAUUUGAAUUGGAUGACAAUGAACCAUGGAAAAUGUCUACAAGGAAUUUUAUUGUGAAUAUGGAAAAUAAUAAAGUAAUCUAAUGACUAGAAUUUGAGAUCAGGCGUACACAUAUACAAAUAAGGUUACAACUACACAUCGACUGAUGCGAAUACGGAUACGGAUGCUUGCUGGGAGUACGAACUAAAGACGAGAAUUGAACA